AUGAAUAAAGCAAUUGCAGCACUUAUAUAUCACUCGAUGAUCUAUCAUUACUUGGCUCACUCCGGUUAUAGAGCAGCAGCUGAAAUGAUGCAGGCGGAAUGCUAUGAGACGUUCCUGUCACGUGGCUUUCUCGAGGAGAAUGUUGUUUCCUACGAAGACGAAGCUGUCGGGAAAAGCUUGGAGAAGUUCAAGCUAAAGAGUGGAGCAACCCUGAAAAGGCCUGCCAUAAUCAGAAAUGGAAACACUAAGGCGCCGAAUAUUCCUAUGAAGCCCGAUCCAGAGUUUGAAGAUACAAAGAACAAAUUACGAGACACAAUUCAAGCCAUGGCAGAUGAGUCAGCAAAGAAGCAUAAGGAAAU